AGUGUGAUAGUGUAUGGUUGACACUAGACAACAUUGGAAACCCUUUCGUUCUUCCCCUUGUUGUUGUUGUUGUUGUUUAGCUUUCACUGUUUUGCAGAGAAAUGGAACAAGAUUCGCAUCAAAGAUGGGAAGGUAAGGUUUCAGCGAAGCUCAGAAGCACGACUUCAGAACAAGCAUGGCAACUUGUGAAGGACUUCUUUAAUAUCCACAAACGGUUCCCUACCCUUGCCACAUGCUACGGGAUCCACGGGUCUAACGGUGAGCCCGGCUGCAUACGAUACUGUGCGGGCUCCUCCAUCCGAUCCAACGGCUCCGAAAGCGUGAGCUGGUCAAAGGAGAGGCUUGUAGCCGUUGAUGAUGUUGACCGGAGCCUGAAGUAUGAGAUUGUUGAAAGCAAUAUUGGGUUCAAAUCAUACGAGGCAACCAUGAGGGUCCUUAACGAUGAUGAUGGGUCAGAUGGAUGCAUGUUAGAAUGGUCCUUCGUGGUUGACCCUGUCGAAGGAUGGGUGCUCGAGGAUCUUGUUAGGAAGUACCAGACAACACAGUUAUUGCUCCAUUUUCAUUGGUUGGUCUCAUGGAGUGGAGUGUGCAACGGCUGCACCAUAGAUAUUUCCCAACCCUUUAUGCCAUAUGUGCCUAUAAGCUAUAAUGCUCGCUUAUUUUUUAAGCUAUUGUGAUAAGCUUACCAAAGGAAAAAGCUGAGGUGAUUAAGAUAUUGAUUCGAUUAGCCUAGCAAAAGCAUUAUUUGAUCAUUUUUCCUUUUAAACUCUUACCAGAUUUCCUCUAUUUUUCUAUUCUCCUUCACUGCUUCUUUAGAAGCAACUGUACUAAUGUUAUGUUA